GGAGGGGUGGUGGGGCGGGUUUGGUGGUGAUUGCGGGUGCGGGUGGGGUGGACGGCGCCUGGGUGGGCGGUUUGGGCGGGGUGCGGCGGGGUGGGGGGAUUGCGGGGGUGAAUGUCGAUGAGGGCGGUUGGGGUGGGGUCGAUGUUGGGGGUGCGGCGGCAGCUGCCGGUGCAGGUACGGGUGCAGGUACAGGCCCGGGCGAUUUCCUUCCAACCGCUGGUUUUCCCACCUCCACCGCACUGCCAGCCGCCGCCUUAGUCGUCGCGCUAACCGUAUCAAACAACGCAAACAUCUCAUCCGCGAACGACGACGAAGUGAUGUUCGGCGUGUUGGGCACCGUUUCCGCGUUCGGGGAGGACAACAGCUGCAAUGUGUGCCCCUUCUGUGUCCGAGUCUGCGCGGCGGCGGUGGUGGUGGUGGUGGUGGUGGUGGCGGCCGGUUUCCCGUGCGAUUUCCCAGACGGUGCCGGCGGCGCAGGACUCCCCGGCGCCGACGCAAUAUUCACCAACGCCGGGUACAACGGGCCCAGAUCAAACAACCCCUCACCCGCACCCGCAUUGUUAGCAGCCCCGGGAGCGGUGGUGGUGAGGUACGACAAAGGCGCCGGCAUCAACUCCUGCGACGUCGCCGGGUGCAAAUGCGUCUUCGCCACCCCAGCACUCCCCGCGAUCUCCCCACCAGCCCCCUCCGGCGCUAUAAACGGCGGCAAAUUGGUAACAUGCUGUGCGAAGAACUCCCGUCCAGCUUUGAUAUCCGCCUCCCGAUCCAGCACAGCCGUGGUCGCGUCCCACGGGUUACGCAGGAUGUGUUUGGCGGGAUCGGUGGGGUCUGGAAUCGGGAGGGUGAAAGCUGGCUCGUUCUCCUUGUUCUUUUUCGAAGCAGUCUUGCCGGAGGGGCUGGUCUUUGCGGGCGGCGUGGGUUUGGCUGGCCCGUUGAUGAUUUCGAGGACCAUGGGUUGCUUGGUGGAGUCGUCGUCGACGGGGUCGGAGAGGGAUUGGCGGGAGUUCCAUUCGGCGAGCAUGGCGCGGGAGAUGGAUAGUGGUUGGUCGCCGGCGGGUUGGGGCGGGGAGGUGUUGGAGGCGCUGUUGCGGUUUUCGUGGUCGUUAUCGUCGUUGUUGGCGGUUGACUGCCGAGAAGCAGCCAUCUCAGCAGCCGGCGAGCGCGGCGGGGCGUCGGGCAGCAUCGAUUUGGUUUUCGCGUGCUCCAUUCCACCGUUUGUGCCUGACCUCAAGACGUUGGAUGCGCUGAGGCGUGCGUAGUAGGAUGUUGAAGAUACCAAGGCACGAGUUUCUAUGAAGUGGGAAAGCUGUGGGUGAAUCUGCUGUGGCGGUUUUGAGGGCUGAAGUUGUGUUUUAG